CUGUGUUGCUGAAUUGAUCGCCUCAAAUUUUUGUCCUUCUUUUUCCACCAUUCAAAUCGAUCCAACACUCGAACCGCGUGAUGCAUGGUCUCACCUCCCUUACUUGUAUCUGGGUGUAGGACUUGGUCUUCUUUAAUCCGACUGUCUCCGUCACCCGUUUGAGUCCACCCCCGUGGGGACUACCUUUGCAAUCACCAUGUCGAACAUGUCGAACAUCUCGAAGGACCUGGGUUCCGCCCUGGAGGAGGCAGGCCAUACCGGUCAGAAAAGCGCGGGAGUCUCGAUUAACACCUUCCUCGCGUCAUUAGCGACGGCGAUCGUUGUCUUUGCCGUCGAAUUCAUUCUAUUUAUGCUGCUGAAAGGAAAAUUGACCCGCAUCUAUCAACCCAGGACAUAUUUGGUCCCCGACAGAGAACGUACCGAACCGUCGCCAUCGGGGCUCUUUCGAUGGGUCGUUCCCGUCUUCCGUACCUCCAGCUCCGAGUUUAUCCAGAAAUGCGGUCUCGACGCCUACUUCUUUUUGCGAUACCUACGCAUGCUUCUCAAAAUCUUCCUACCUUUGGCUUUGCUGAUCCUACCCAUUCUUCUUCCCCUCAACAAGGUCGACGGCAAGGACCAGACGUACAAAAAUGGCACGGAUAGCGGUCCACGCUGGAAUGUUACGGGUAUGGAUCGACUCUCCUGGGGCAAUGUCGCCCCGGAGCACUCCCAUCGUUAUUGGGGCCAUCUGGUUAUCGCCGUCAUUGUCGUCAUCUAUGUCUGUGCCGUGUUCUUCGACGAGCUGCGGGGCUAUAUCCGUCUACGCCAGGCUUACCUGACGUCUCCUCAACAUCGACUCCGUGCAUCGGCGACCACGGUUCUAGUGACCGCCAUCCCGGAACGCUGGCUUUCGGUGGACGCCCUCGAUUCACUCUACGAUGUCUUCCCCGGUGGGAUCCGCAACAUUUGGAUCAACCGGAAUUUUGAUGAUUUGAAUGAAAAGGUGAAAGAAAGGGAUGCCCUGGCUUUGACACUCGAAGCCGCUGAGACCCAACUAGUAAUCAAAUGCAAAAAAGCCCAGUUAAAACAGGCCAAGGCGGCGGCGAAAAAGGAGGGGAAAAGUGCGGCUGAGGUCCAGAAAAAAGAAAAGGAGGCCGCGGAUCGAAAAGCAUCCCGUCUCGCAAUGGAGGCUGGUAUUAGCUCCGGUGAUCCACACCAAGCCCAUACCCUCAACGAGGUCCUGCACCGUGACCAAUCUUCGUCGCACGCCUCCGACACCGGGGGCUGGAAGCGGCUGAACCCCCUCGAUCCCGCUAUGGCGGCCGCGGGAGCAGUUGGUCACGGGGUGGGAAAUCUCGGGAAAUCCGUUUUUGGGGGUUUCAAGAAGACGGAUGGGACCUCGGGCGGCUCGGAAGGCGCCCAGGGGCGGGCUCAUAGCUCCCCCCAACCCCAAGAAGUGUCGAAUGAUACGGGUCGGCGCAAGUCGCGCUCAUGGCCGGAAACAAUGGCGGAUGACAUGGAUCCGUUUCAAAACAACGAACAGGAUGACCGACCAAGCACUUCGGCGACGCCGCCAAACACAAAAUCCAGGCCGCCCUUGUGGAAGACCCGGCUCUCAAAUAAUUCGAAAGUGAGCAACAAGACGGAGCCCGAUGAACUUCCCCUGACCGCCCCCGAGACACCGACGAACGUGGAGGAAGUAUCCGGGUAUGAACAGGACGAGUCUUCGAUGGAAUCAGUGGCCCGCGAGAAGAGUCGUGCGGACACCCAGAGCGAUCGAAAAGAACGGAAAGUGUCUGAAGAUGAGUAUCCGGCUGCGUACAACCCGGACUUUGACAAGGAAGACUUUGGGGAGCCAGCGUGGAAGACGUACCUCAAAGACAAGGACCGCGAGACCAUGCGCCUGCCGAUAUUCGGGAUCAGCUGGAUGCCCUCCCUCUGGCUCAUGGGGAAGAAGGUGGACACCAUCGACCACUGUCGAAAGGAGCUCGCUCGUCUGAAUUUGGAAAUCGAGAUCGACCAACAAAACCCCGAAAAGUUUCCCCUGAUGAACUCGGCCUUUAUCCAGUUCAACCACCAGGUGGCGGCACAUAUGGCGUGCCAGGCCGUCAGCCACCAUACGCCUAAACAGAUGGCGCCCCGGAUCGUGGAAAUCUCGCCGGACGACGUCAUCUGGGACAACAUGUCGCUCAGAUGGUGGGAGCGUUAUCUGCGAACCUUUGGCAUCCUCACACUCGUUUGCGGGAUGGUCAUCGGGUGGGCGUUCCCCGUGGCGUUUACGGGAUUGCUUUCGCAAUUGGCCUACCUGCAGGAUGCUUUCACCUGGCUCGCUUGGCUUUCCACCUUACCCGACUGGCUGGUCUCUGCCAUUCAAGGUAUCCUGCCUGCCCUCUUUCUCGCAAUCCUGAUGGCGUUGCUCCCCCUCAUGCUGCGUUUUCUGUGUCGUGCGCAAGGCCUUCACACCGGCAUGGGUGUGGAACUCACGGUCCAGAACUACUACUUUGCGUUUAUGUUUGUCCAGCUGUUCUUGGUGGUUGCGGUCUCAUCCAGUUUUUCCACGAUCAUCAACAACGUGACCAACGUCACUUCGUGGCCGGAGCUCUUGGCUCAGAACAUUCCCCUGUCCAGCAACUAUUUCUUCUCAUACAUGAUCCUGCAGGCCAUGUCGGUGAGCGCGGGUGCACUGGUGCAGAUUGUCAAUCUGGUGAGCUGGUUCAUUUUCGGGCCGAUGUUUGACUCGACCGCCAGGACGAAGUGGGCCCGAACCACCAACUUGAACCAGAUGCAGUGGGGGACCUUCUUCCCGGUCUACACUACACUCGCGUCGAUUGGCCUGAUCUACUGCGUCAUCUCGCCCUUGAUUAUGGUGUUCAACGUGCUCACCUUUGGCCUGUUUUGGUUUGUCUACCGGUACAACACCCUCUACGUGACCAAGUUUCGAUUCGACACGGGCGGGCUGUUGUUCCCUCGGGCUAUCAACCAGUUAUUUACUGGGAUCUACGUGAUGGAAGUGGCCCUGAUCGGCCUCUUCUUCCUCGUCCGCGACGUGGAUGGCACCGUUGCCUGCGAGGGCCAAGCGAUCUGUAUGAUCGUCGUCCUCGUCCUCACCAUCGGAUAUCAGAUUUUGCUGAAUGAGGCCUUUGGGCCGCUAAUCCGAUAUCUGCCUAUCACGCUGGAGGAUGAUGCUGUUCGUCGGGAUGAGGAGUUUGAGCGUGCUCAACGGACACGGCUUGGGUUGGCCAGUGAUGAUGACGAAUCGGAUGCUGUCCAGUCUCGGUGGGCCCCAGAACGACAAGCCAGCGGGUUGACGCCCGAGAUUGAAAUGAAGCAGAUCGAGUCCGACGCGGGGCGGGGAAAUAGCCAGACAGAGGCCAGCCCGGCGCGCUUGAUGCCUAGGCGGCAAUCUUGGGUCGAUCGGUCUCCAAACCAACGAUCGAAGUACUUUGGCAAUAGCUCAAGUACGUCGGUCCCGACCAUACAGCGUAUCCAAGAGGAUGUAGCGCAGGAUGCAGAAUCACAAGACCCCUCUCCGCAUCGCGCAGGCCGCGCGCUGUUUGCCGGAAUUCAAGACGAGCUCGAGGAUCUGACACCCGACGAGCGCGAUCAGCUGGUUCAACGAGCCUUCCAGCACGAUGCCCUCCGUGCCAAACGGCCCGUGAUCUGGAUUCCCCGCGAUGAUCUGGGCGUUAGCGACGACGAGAUCUACCGCACGCAACGAUUUAGCAAGCAUAUCUGGAUCAGCAACGAAUACCAGGCGCUAGACGGCAAAUGCCGCACCAUAUUCAGCCGCAGUCCGCCAGAUUUCUCCGAAGUCGAUCUGAUCCAGCUUUAGCGGUGGGGCUCGAUAAUUGUAUAUGAUAAGACUAGACUGGGGUUCUCUUUUCUUUUCUUUUGAUUUAUGUAUAGAGGGAGUUAUCGUGAACACUUGAGCGAGUGGUUUGAUUUCUGUAUCCCAUCGACUUGCAUUGCAGAAACCCGAGCGGCAGGAUCCCUUGGUUGAUUGCAUAUACGGCGUUUUAGUAUUUAUCUACG